AUGUCUGACCUUAACCCAUUCCUUCUCGCCGCCGUGACGCCCGAUCCAGACCCUCGCCUCCUACCACUACUGCGAUCAGACCCCUCGCUCGCCUCCCAGCAAGACGCUCACGGCUACAGCCUUCUUCACGCCGCCGCAUCAUACAAUCACGUGGCUUUGCUCAAGGUUUUAGUCACAGAUCUAAAAGUCGACGUGAACUUGAAGGACGAGGACGGUGAAACCUGCCUCUUCGUAACAGAGACCCUCGACGUCGUCAAAUGUCUGGUAGAAGAAUUGAAUAUCGACGUCACGCUUCGAAACGACGAUGAGGUCACGGCGGCUGAGAAGUUUGAGGCGGAGGACGAGUAUCCCGAGAUCUCGGCAUACCUGCGCCAGCGAGCCGGAGGAGCUGCAACAGCAAGCAACGGCAUCCUGCCUCCACUGCCGCCGAAUGUGAACAUACAGGUCAACUCGACAGAAGAUGUCGGGACGGAUCAAGAGCCGGAUCCGGAGUUCAGGAGGAGGAUAGAAGAACUUGCUGCAAGUGACAACUUCCAGAGUGAGGAGGGCCAGGCAGAGUUGAGAAACCUAAUCCAAGAUGCGGUGCGAGGCGUUAGCGACGAUCGCGACGUGCGGAGACGCGUUGGGUGA